AUGUCUCUUCCUUCCUCGUUGCAUCGUGACACUGCGUCGGCUUCCGUCGAUUCGAGCGUUUUGUAUUCUUUCAUUGGGUCGGCGAUUGUUGCGGUAGUUGGGGCAUGUUUCGAGUGUGCAUUUUUUUAUCCCUCUGUGCCUUUGAUAUCUGCUCGGCAUGUGUUCGGACCUCGGAACUCGAUGCACUGCGAGGAAUUAUUGAAUAAAAUUUGUGGCCUUUUCGCUGCAAAUUCUUCGGUUUGUUAUUUUUGUAAUGGCUUGCCAUCAGCACAGCUGUCCUUCAGUUGCUGCGUCUUCAGUGGCCCCGAAGUGCCUGCGUGGGUGUGGUUGAGGCGAAUGAGCUCUGCUGUCCUUGAAAUGACGAGCGACAGUUGGGUGCAUUUUUGCAGUCUUCGUCGGUCGUUGGGAUGCUUGGGUCGACGAAGAUUGCACGAGUUUGGCUUGCUGUUGGUCACAUGGUGAUAUUAUUCUCUAGUGCAGCCCCACGAGAGUGAGGUAUUGUCACCUGUUUCUUCGGUUGCACAUGCUCUCGAUAUACGAUCCUGAACCUAAUCUCCGAACAAUCUGCCCUAGUAUAGUUCAGUGUUGGGUCAUUACCGUGAUCUUCUUUUGGCCACCAAGUUUGCCGAGGAGUUUCUUUACUUGUCGAAGUGAUGGCGCUUGAUCACACCGAGCAACAAUUGGCCUGCUGUCAUCCGCGUCUCAUCGUUCAGAUGAAGAUGUACAAGUCUGACUCCAUCUUCAAACCACCCAUCGAGUUACAACCAGUAGAAAGACCAGAUAAACUAGCGUGGUUACUUGCUCACCUCAUCUCUUUCCUUCAUGAGGAGUGCACUUCAACCCCGAGAAGCCCACUCUAUCACAAGUUCGCUAGCCGAGGAGAGAUAGCACAGGAGUGUAACACGUGAUGCUUGGGUUUCGACGCAACCUCUGGCAGGGCAUCGCAAGUCAUGAAGUGAAGUUGAAGGCAUUACCUGACUCGACGAAGACUUUGACAAUCAUGAGGUGACGAGCUUUUGGAAAGCAAAGAAAGUUCUGAAAGAUGGGUUCCAUCACACAAAGCUUUUCUAAUUUUCACGAGGAAGUCAUUGCGGGUAGCGUGUGCUCACGAUCAUCCUACAGUAGAGUCUUGUACCAAAAACGGAUUGAUAUUAUACCUUCUGCAGAGAGCAAUAGGUAACUCCCGCACAGAAUCUCGUACUGUUCGUAAGGAACAAGAAGCUUUAGCCGUUCAGGAUCAUUCUUAUUCUCAUCAUCAUUCUAUACAUGACUAAAGCUCACGAGCUACUUGGAGCCCUCCAGCAUGCGCGUCGUUGUCACUGAAUCUUUGACUGUGGUUAGCAAGAAAGUUCCUCUGCAUCCUCAAACCUAAGCUCUACUGUUGACUUCUGUUUUUGAGUUUUGUAAGAUGAUAUGCCAGUCAAGGGCCUGCCUGAUGCUCAGCUCGCGGUCAGUGGUAUUUCUCCCUCCAGAGGAUCUAUUCCUAGGUUCCAAUCCCAGUCUCGUUUCUGUUGUACAACAUCACACUAAUGGCACCCUCUCAUAAAAAUACCGGCGUAACACUCAAGGAAAUGUCUAGGCACAGCCAAGGGAUCGGAAAAUAAGAAUGAGGACGGAUCGCUACAAUGAAGAUGUUUCACUGAAGAUUCGAGAUGAAGGCCUGCCAGGGUUGACAUUCAAGUGAUACAUUCGUUUACAUCGAGAAGGAGCACUCUAUUGCUGUGUCAUACAUCUCAUCCUCUCGAGAAUAUAGGGAUUGACUAGCAGAUAGUUCUGAAGUUUCGGUAUAUUUAGGGCAAUUUGCAGAGCAACUUUUGGGUUCGCCCAGUUGCCUAACAUGUUGGCUAUGAAGGUGGGGCCUCUUGUGGGGCCCGAGUGCGACUUCAAUUUGAAGGUUGGAGACCUGGCAGCGAGCAAUCUCGCGCAGAUUUGGCAACGGUCGCCAACCAGGUGGAAGAGAAGUCGCAUGGAAUAAAAGGCGCGAUGCAAACAGGUUUGGUAGAUAUCUACUCCUGUUGACGUCUGUUCGUCUGCUGCAAGUCUUUCCAUCACCUUUCCUUUCGAGAUUUAGGUUGACCAUCAUUACUUCUCUGGGGGCUGCGACCGUGUGAGGAUCGAUUCCUUGAAUGGGUAAACUCUUGGACUAGUUCUUGAUUCCCAGCUGACAAUGCCAGAACUUUCAGCAGUGGUCACCGGUGUCAAACUUGCCAGUGGUGUACAGAGAAACUUCCCCUACGAGGAACUAUUGAAUAAUACUUCUGCGCGUUGCUCCACCAUUGAUGUCUAUGUGGUAACUGUUAUCGAUAUUGAUGCGAGUGACCUCUUCUACAGCUUCUGCAAUGUAUCCUGAUCUUCACGAAGAGUUCAGAUCGGUUGACUUCAUGCGGUGCAACAACUGUUGUAGCUUUUUCAGAUGUCGAUGACUUCAAGAAUAUGGGCAGCUAAAAGAUUGUGUAGUGAUUCUGACUCACUGGCCGGGGAUCCAAUCUUACGCGAAGAAUCCUUCAGAAGUGAUACUCACACAUUUCUCUUGACUUUUAUUGUACUUGUGAGUGUAUUACUGUAGUCAGUUGAUAAAAAUUAUCAAGAACUUUAAUCCCAAUCUUGUUUUACUAAAGUUAUCGGGAUCUAAUUAGGGAUUUAAUACAUUUUAUUAUAUAUUUCAAAUUUGAAAAAAUUGCGCAAUUUGGAGCCUAACUCACAAGAUGGGGAUGUAGCUCAGAUGGUAGAGCGCUCGCUUAGCAUGCGAGAGGCACGGGGAUCGAUACCCCGCAUCUCCA